GGCCGCCGUUGUCGCCUUCCCGCCCCGCCUCGCCCCCCAGGGCUUGUUUGCCCCUGGCUUGGUUUGGGCUUUUCUCUCCGGAGGCUCCUCCCUUGGCCUUCCGUAUAUUUUGUGCUGCUGUUUGCCAGGAACCCCGUGCGCCUCUCGCUUCGGCUCUCCUCCGAGUCUCGUCAAUCGUAGGCAGAGAGACCAGAGGGGCUGCCAAACCUUGAGGCCUCGGGGGCCGUAGGGCCCAGGUUCCCCCGCCCAGGUGACCAGUCAUUCCCCGCUCACAUCCGCCUUCUUGUCAGAGGGCUUCCCCGCUCUGCCCUAGACGUCCCGUUAUUGUCUACAGGAGAGGGGCACUGAGGAGAAACGUGGACUUGAUACACAAUUUCCUAACGGAGCUUGCAGGUUCCACUUCUGAGACGGAAAGAAUGAUCUCAUUCUGAGGUUUUAUCCUGCUCUAGAGAUGGAGGGAGUUCGGAAUUCCCGACUUAUUUCAAGUGUUAACGCUUUUAUGGAACGGUUGACUAGAGAGGAGAAACGUCAAAGCGAACCGCUUCUGCAAGCACGAGAGACCUUCGUCCGGGGGGUUCUCUUUGUUUACCAAGAGUUGUUAGUUUAAAAAAAAAAAAAUCGGUGAACCUAAACCUGAUAUUUAUUGUUUUCAGUUUGUAACUGUGCAUUAAGAAUUUGACGUCUUUUAGCGGCAUUAAACCAUUAACAAAUUGAAACAGAAGACCGAUUGAAAGCACAAAAGCCACCUCUCUACAGUUGUGAGGUGUCCUGCUUUGGGGGAUUGGUUUUCCUAUUCAGGCUGUCUUUAAGCAGAAACUGACUGUAACUGUGACCAAGGCACUGAUGUGCUUAGACAAUGAAAUUGGGGCUUUGUGCUCUCGAUGUUUUAAAAUAUCAGUACAAAUACCAGUAUAAUUGUCUCCUGCAUUUGCAUGGAUCUUUGCUCCCUUCCGAUAUGUAUCUCCUAACCCCUUCUACGGUGAUCUGUGAUGCUGGAACUGAUUUUUCAGAUCUCUCGGAAACAAUGGAAUUCAUAAAAUGCCAAUUUUUAAAACUAGAACUGCUAAAGAAAGAAAAUUAAAACUGAAACUGUUCCUAUGGACUCUGAUAGUAUGCCGAAGGUUGAUGGUUAAUUUGGACGGGUUUAAGAUUAUCUGACUUUCAACUUUUGGAUUGCUGACUGCUGAUAGAAAGGUCCUUAUGGAAAAACGUGCAACAUGGAAGUGGCUUUGUUAAAUUCCAUGAGGAAAAAUAAAUAAUCUCCCAACUUUAUUGAAUAGAAAAAGAUAAUUCAAAAAUGGCAGAGCUCUUUAUGGAAUGUGAAGAAGAAGAGUUGGAACCAUGGCAGAAGAAAGUAAAAGAGGUCGAUGAUGAUGAUGAUGAUGAACCAAUCUUUGUUGGAGAGAUAUCAAGUUCAAAACCAGCAAUUUCAAAUAUUUUGAAUAGAGUAAACCCCAGCUCAUAUUCGAGGGGAAUAAAGAAUGGUGCACUCUGCCGAGGUAUUACUCCUGCAUUCAAGCCUACAAGUCAACAUUACACGAACCCAACAUCAAAUCCAGUGGCUGCCUCGCCAGUAAAUUUUCAUCCUGAAUCUAGAUCUUCAGAUAGUUCUGUUAUUGUUCAGCCUUUGUCUAAACCUGGUUAUGUAAUGAACUCAUCACGAGUUGUUUCUAAUAAUUCUUCAGAGUUACUGUUUGACUUGACCCAAGAUUCAGGAUUACCACAUUACCAAGGAGGACCAGCAGUUUCUAUAACAGGUAUGAAUGAAAGUUCAUUUUUAUCAAAACGUCCUUCUACUUCUGAAGUAAACAGUGUUAACCCAAAAAAGUCUAAACCCAAUGAAGGUGUUUGUGGAACAAAUUCCUCAGCUGUAUUUUCUUCAGCUAAAUCUCUUUCAGUGACAUCUCCCCAGGCUGUGCCAUCAAAAGGUACAAAUACUUCAUCAAAUCAGUCUAAAAAUGGAACACCUUUUCCAAGAGCCUGUCCAAAAUGCAAUAUUCAUUUCAAUCUUUUGGAUCCUUUGAAAAAUCACAUGAAGUACUGUUGUCCAGACAUGAUAAAUAACGUUUUGGGGCUGGCUAAAACAGAAAUUUCAAGUACAGCAAAUAAAAAUAAAACUGUUGAUUCAGAAAAAGGAAAACUGAUCAUGUUAGUUAAUGACUUUUAUUAUGGGAAGCAUGAAGGAGAUGUCCAGGAAGAACAGAAGACUUACACAACCUUUAAAUGUUUCAGUUGCUUGAAAAUUCUUAAAAAUAAUAUUAGGUUUAUGAACCACAUGAAACAUCAUUUGGAACUUGAGAAGCAGAGCAGUGAAAGCUGGGAAAACCACACCACCUGCCAGCACUGCUACCGACAGUUUCCCACACCAUUUCAACUGCAGUGUCACAUUGAAAGUACACACACACCCCAUGAAUUUUCUACCAUUUGCAAAAUAUGUGAAUUGUCAUUUGAAACAGAGCAUAUCCUUUUACAACAUAUGAAGGACAAUCAUAAGCCUGGUGAAAUGCCAUAUAUUUGCCAGGUUUGCAAUUAUAGAUCAUCAUCAUUUUCUGAUGUAGAAACUCAUUUUAGAACAUCUCAUGAAAACACCAAGAACUUGCUAUGUCCAUUUUGUCUCAAAGUUAUUAAAAUUGCAACACCCUAUAUGCAUCAUUAUAUGAAGCAUCAGAAAAAGGGAAUACAUCGUUGUACAAAAUGCAGACUGCAAUUUUUAACAUGCAAAGAGAAAAUGGAUCACAAGACUCAGCAUCAUCGGACAUUUAUAAAACCUAAACAACUAGAAGGAUUGCCUCCUGGAACAAAAGUUACUAUUCGAGCUUCAGUUGGACCUCUUCAAUCAGGAUCUUCAACCACACCUUCCAUUAGUGCAAGCACUUCUACCCUUCAGCUCUCACCUCCAAGGACUAAAAAUAUAACUGCUAAAAGUCCCACAAAAUCUAACACAAGUAAACCUAAUAUAACUAAAUCCAUUGCAAGUAAGCCUAAUGCAAGUAAGCCUAAUGGAAAUAAACCUAAAUACAAAUCAAAAAUAUCUAAUCUGCAAAAGAAACAAAGCACAUUGGCUAGUAGCAAUAAAAAAAGUAAAGUCAAUACAGCAUUGAGGAAUUUAAGGUAUCGUCGGGGAGUUCACAAGUGCAUUGAGUGUUAUUCUGAAGUAAAAGAUUUUGCAAACCACUUUCCUACCUAUGUCCACUGUAGUUUUUGCAGAUACAACACUAGCUGUAGCAAAUCCUAUGUGAAUCAUAUGAUGAGCUUUCAUAGUAAUCGUCCAAGUAAAAGGUUUUGUAUCUUUAAGAAGUAUUCAGAAGAUCUCAGGGGCAUUACUCUAGUGUGCCUUAAUUGUGAUUUCCUAACUGAUGUUUCUGGCUUAGAUAAUAUGGCUACACACUUAAGUCAACAUGAAACUCAUACUUGUCAAGUUGUAAUAGAGAAAGUUUCUGUUUGUAUCCCAACUUCUGAACAUCUUUCUGAAUUAAAAAAUGAAGCUCCCACAAAGGAACAAGAACCUAUGUCUGAGGAAAUUGCAAGAUCUAAUUUGGCUGAAGAAGAAACAGAAACAUCAAAUUCUGAAAGUAAACAAGAUGAAGCUUCUUCAGAGGAAAUAAAAAAUGGAUGUGAUGUUCAUUUACUUGAAGGCUCAUCAACAACAAAAAGUGAAGAAGAUCGAUCUGUUUCAGAUAAAGAAAAUGAUAACUGUCUUGAAGAUCAGGAAACUGGCUCAAAGGAUAUCUUCAGUUAUGACUCAGCUAUUGAUGCAGAUAAAGUGGAAAAGGAAAAACAAAUAGAGCACAUAUGUCAGGAAACAGAGUUGAAGAUGUGCCAAAGUUCAGAAAACCUUAUUUCAUGUGAUCAGAUUGAGGAUCGCAUUGCUGGUGAAGCUAGAUUUUCUUCCAAGAAUAUUAACGAUUUGCGGUUAACAUCUGGUGAUGUUAGUAUUGAUCAGUUUUUGAGAAAAAGAGAUGAACAUGAAUCUGUUAGUUCUGAUGUUAGUGAGCAAGGUAGUGUUCAUUUGGAACCUUUGACUCCAUCAGAAGUGCUUGAGUUUGAAGCCACAGAGAUUCUUCACAAGGGUAGUGGUGAUCCUUCAGCCAAGACUGAUGCUGUAGUGUCUGAUCAAACAGAUAACGUUCCUGGAGAAAAUAGCCUUAGCACAACAGAGACAACAGGAGACCUGGUAGAUGAAAAAGAAAGAAGUUGAAAUUAACUAGGCAUUCUAAAUUUUAGUGUACCAACAGUGCUAUCAGGUGAGCUCGGUGCUGUUGCAGAGUGCAGACAUAGAAAAAUGUAAGGGAGGUCAUUCAUAUAUUUUACCUGUAUGUUGAGCCUAGGUUGUUAAAUCAAUCCAUCAUUAAUAGCAUGACUAGGUAUGAAUUUCCAAGAAGUUUUUAAAACAUGAGUAAGAUUUAAUGAAAGUUAAGUUUGCAGUGAAAAAGUCUCAUUUUGCAGUUUUCAAGGACAUGGAGCUUGGUGAUCAAUAUGAAUUGAUUAUUAGAAUAUUAGUUAUGUUAAUGAAGCUUUUGAAAUUUCCAUCAGUCCUAAGCUAAAAGUCCUUAUUACCUGUACAUCCUUUUCAGUUAACUUAAAGGAAGAGAUUUGGAAACCACAUGCCUUUUGGGAAUAAUUGAUUUAAAAUAAUAGCUGAUUGGCGUUGUUAAUGAGAGCUUCAUUUUGAGUAUGAUACUAGUAAAUGGAGCAUGUUUAGAAUGCUAAAUUAGUUGAUCUAAUGAGAAUUUGGAUGAACAUAAACUUAAUUUUGAAUAUAAUAUAACAUUCCAGACUGCCAGAAGCAUGUGAACAGAAUAUUUGAAUCUGUGUACCUCCAUACAAAUGUUAGCCUGCCAGGCUGUAAGCUUACCUUAAUUAAACUUUCAGUGAAAGUGAAAUUAUUAAAAUAAAAAUUUAUAUUUGUGCUUUUUGUCAGUGUGUAUGCUGUGCAGAAAUCCCUUGAUGAACUAGUUGUAUAAGUAGAAAUCCAUUGUUGAAAACCCUGUAGCUAUUAUGCUUUUAAUAUUGUUUUAAUGAUCUUCCUUAGAAAUAGAACCAUAAACAUGGUCUGGAAACCAAACCAAAGUACAGAUUAAUGUAGAUAUUUGUAAAGCAGUAAACUGGCAUGAAUUCAGCCAUGUUUAAGUGACUUUUUCUGUAACUGUAAAAUAGAAACUUCAAAUGGGACCUAAAGCAGGAUGUAAAAAAUUGGUUUGGGAUAUUUAGCCUAAUUUAUCCUUAAGAUGGCUGCUAAAUUGACUUUUUCAGUUUUUUUUUUUAUCAUAUAGAAAAUAAUAGAUACAGAAAUGAAUAAUAUGAAUAACAGUAGUUUGCUUUGAAGUACUAAUAAACUUUUAUUUAAAAUGCUACAUUUUUACUUCUUAAAAUGUGCUUUGAAUUCUUAAAUUUUGUUUCACUGUUAAAUGUUUUAAAUGGGUAUUAAAAUUCUGCUGUAUAUAGUAGUUUUUUGAGUAAAUAUUUGCAAUAAAAAUCUGUCCCUGAAUAAUUUUA